AUUUCAUGUGUUGUGUUAAUUUAAUGUUUGUAUUAAAUUAUGGAUUCCCCACAAAUGUAUGAUGGACAAACGGGAACAAUGGCUCCAAAUAAUGAUAGCAAAAAAUCAAUAACAAUUUCAAGUGUGAAUAAUAAUAACAAUAAUAAUAAUAACAAUAGUUUAACAACAUUAAAUAAUAAUGCAAAUUCGAAACAAACAACGGCUUUGCUAAAACAACACCAUCUAGCGAUACAAUUUCAACAUCAACAACAACAACACAAUAAUGGAAGUAGUGAUUUAAGUGAUUUAAAUUCUCCGGAAAUUAGUUUGGACUUACAAAAUUUAAUUGAUGAUUCACAAUUCAAUGAUGGACUAUUUACGGAUAUCUUACAAAAUUCAUCGAAACAUUUACAAAAUUUAACGCAUACACGGUUACAACCUCAGGUACAACAACAACAAACGACAAAUUCUAAUGGUAGUUUAUCAAAUUAUCGUAAUGCCUUAGCUUACAUGCCUCAACCGGUUCACAGCGGGGCAGGAACAGCUACAUAUAAUGUAAAUAGUAAUCCAGGAGCUUCAACUAAUAGUGACUCAAAUAGUUCAAUUGCCUCAUCAGAUGUACCCAGUAUUAAAGAAGAACCUUUAGAUCCAACCGAAUUCCGACGACAAUGUGUUACAAAUACGGUAUUACCAACUAGUCCUUAUAUGCAACAAUCUGGACAAACGAAUUAUAUAUCAAAUGCAACAGGUAAUAGUUUCUCACAAAUAUCACCUCAUGCAACGGUUAACCAUAUUCAACAGUUACCAACGCUGCCACAUAGUGUUGCAGCAUUACAAAAAAAUAAAGUGUCUGGUAUGAUGCAAGCUCAUCAGCAAGGUGGAUUAGUUGGGAAUAAUGGUUUAGUGGGUUCUGGUUUAACAAAUCACCAUCAUCAUCAUCAUUCACCUGGUGGUGGUACGGGUGUUGGACACCACCAUAACGGUGUAAACGGACGUAAACAAAUGAAACCAACAGAUAAAUCAAGUGAUGAAUAUCGUCGUCGACGUGAACGUAAUAAUAUCGCUGUACGUAAAAGUCGCGAAAAAGCAAAAGUACGCUCACGUGAAACAGAGGAAAAAGUGAAAUUAUUAAUGAAAGAGAAUGAACGAUUACAAAAACGUAUUGAACUAUUAACUGAAGAAUUAAAUGUCUUGCGCAGUUUAUUUAGUAAUGUUGGCGUAUUACCGGAACAUAUACAUCGUGAAAUUAAUAAACAUUUUGAAAGUGUUCAAUUACAACAUCAACAGCAUAUGUGAGAUUCACCCAGCACUCAACAGUGAAUCCAGUCCAUUUCACUACCCAUCAAAACCUCAUUCAUCCCCCCAACAAAACUAUUUAAAACACUCUCUUUAUGUACCUUGUAUUAAAUAGGUUUUACUGUAAAUAUUAUUAAAAAAAAAUUUUAAAUGUCU